GGGGAGAAUGCCGCCUGGGGUGGGUAAGUUUGGGGCUCUGGUGCCGCUGGAAUUCCCCGUUGUCGCGCACGCCCCGGCCCUCGGACCUGCAAGUGCCUCCUCCCGCCGGAGGUGCGCGGAGCUCCCUUUGUGUGCCAGGUCCGAUCCGUACUGGGUGCAAUGAAAGCUCCACGCAGGCCUUACCAUGGAAGGCUGUGACUCGCCCGUCGUCUCGGGGAAGGACAAUGGGUGCGGUAUCCCUCAGCACCAGCAAUGGACUGAACUCAACAGCACCCACCUCCCCGACAAACCCAGUAGCAUGGAGCAGUCCCCAAGCGAGAACCACGGGCCCCUGGACAGCCUGAGGGCCCCUUUCAAUGAGCGCCUCGCGGAGAGCACCGCCUCGGCCGGCCCCACCGCCGAGCCCGCCGGCAAAGAGGUCAGCUGCAACGAGUGCGCGGCCUCCUUCGCCAGCCUGCAGACCUACAUGGAGCACCACUGCCCCAGCGCGCGCCCCCCGCCGCCCCUGAGGGAGGAGAGCGGGAGCGACACCAGCGAGGAGGGCGACGAGGAGAGCGACGUGGAGAACCUGGCUGGGGAGAUAGUCUACCAGCCCGACGGCUCGGCGUACAUCGUCGAGAGCCUGAGCCAGCUGACCCAGAGCGGCAGCGGGCCUCUCCCCUCGCUCUUUCUGAACUCUCUCCCCGGCGCGGGGGGCAAGCCGGGGGACCCUUCGUGUGCUGCACCCGUCUACCCACAGAUCAUCAACACUUUCCACAUAGCCUCAUCCUUCGGGAAGUGGUUCGAGGGCCCCGACCCGGCUUUCCCGAAUACCUCAGCCCUGGCGGGGCUCAGCCCCGUCCUGCACAGCUUCCGCGUGUUCGACGUGCGACACAAAAGCAACAAGGAUUACCUGAACAGCGACGGCUCUGCCAAAAGCUCCUGCGUAUCCAAAGAUGUCCCCAACAAUGUGGACCUGUCCAAAUUCGACGGCUUCGUGCUCUACGGCAAGAGGAAGCCCAUCCUGAUGUGCUUCUUGUGCAAGCUCUCCUUCGGGUACGUCCGUUCCUUCGUCACCCACGCGGUGCACGACCACCGCAUGACCCUGAGCGAGGACGAGCGGAAAAUUCUUAGCAAUAAGAACAUCUCCGCUAUCAUCCAAGGGAUCGGCAAGGACAAGGAACCCCUCGUGAGUUUUCUGGAACCAAAAAACAAAACCUUUCAGCACCCCUUCGUUUCCACAGCUAACCUCAUAGGCCCCGGACACAGUUUUUACGGUAAAUUCAGCGGCAUUCGGAUGGAAGGCGGGGAGGAGGCCCUCCCGGCCGCUCGGUCCUGA